AUUUAUCUGAACCUGGACCCACCCCUGCCGUUUUGCCGGCAGCGACGCCUCAAGUUUCGUCAAAAGUAAAGUUGCCAAAUAUACAGAUACCAUCGUUCAAUGGUAAAUAUACAGAUUACAGACCUUUUAUCGAAAUGUUUACUGCGCUUGUGCACAAUAAUGAAGGGUUUGAUAAUAUACAAAAGUUUUUCUACCUGAGAAGCUUCUUAAAAGCUGAAGCAUUUGAUUUAGUCAAAAACUUACCUGUCAUUGGUCAAAGUUAUUCGGAAGCUCUCAGCAUUUUAGCUGAUAGGUACGAUAAUAAAUAUAAAAUCAUCAAUGAGCACAUUAAUGCUUUGUUUGAGUUGCCUGUGCUAACUAAGUCAAGUCCUAGUGCUUUACGCUCUUUGAUUUCAAUAACAAAACAGCAUUUAGCUGCAUUAAAAAACCUUGAUGAGGCCAUUGAAAAAUGGGACAGCGUUCUCAUUUGCCUAUUAAAUAAAAAACUAGACCCGGUAACUAAUCGAGAGUAUCAUUUGCAUAGGGAUUCCUCAAAACAGCCAACCUUUAAUGAUUUUUUGAAAUUUGUAGAAGGUCGGGCCCUUGCCCUAGAGAACAGUGAGGGACGGGGUGAUCCAGCAAGCUGUGCUGCUGGCAAAGUAGCUCCAGUCAAGGUGACAUCAUCAUCAUUUGUGGCUACCAAAGCAUCCCAAGGCUGUCUGUACUGUGUGCCUGUUGUCGCAGCCUGAGGAGCUGCGCGAUCCUGAUGCCGCACCCAGCUUGGUUCACACACAGUUUGGUUACAUAGUAGGAGGGGAUGUCCCAUCUUCUAUUCUUAAACGACCUGCUGUUUCUCUUUUCUGUCACGAAUGUCAAACCGAUGUACGCGAUACUAUGUCUAAUUUUUGGCAAACAGAAAAGGUACCUGAAAUAUAUGCGGAACAUACAUCUGAGCAACAACAGUGCGAAAAAUUGUUCACUGAAACUGUUAAACUUGAGGAUAAUCAAUUCACAGUUUCAUUGCCAUUAAAAAUACCUAUCUAUGAUGUGAACAAUACAUUGGGGGAUUCAUUUGGGUUAGCUCUCAAGAGAUUUUAUAAUCUCGAAAAGAGAUUUCAGAAGGAUCAGAAUUUGUAUGAAGGUUACAAGGAUUUCAUACAUGAAUAUCUCGACUUAGGUCAUGGAUCAUAUGUUGACAUUUCCUCAUAUGAACUUACUAAAGAUCCUGUGUACUUUAUGGGACAUUCAGCUGUUUUAAGGCCGGAUGCAGUAAGUACCAAGCUACGGGUAGUCUUUGAUGGAUCUAUGUUAACGAGUAAUAAGAUUUCAUUGAAUAAUAUUUUAAUGAGUGGGCCAACUGUUCAACAGGAGCUGUUUGACAUACUGUUGUCAUUUAGAGUGCACAAAUAUUUCAUUGCUUGUGAUAUCAGGCGUAUGUUCCGAAAUAUUUUAGUACAGAAAGAUCAGCGAUCUUUGCAAAAUAUUCUCUGGCGAGACACUCCUAAUGAGUCAAUAAAAUGUAUUCAGCUAAACACAGUUUGCUAUGGAAUGAAGUCGUCAAGUUAUCUUUCGACAAGAUGCUUGAACGAGCUGGCUACGAAAUUCGAGAGGCAAUAUCCUCUAGCCAGUUCGGCAAUUUUAAACUCUACAUAUGUAGAUGACAUCAUUCACACAGAGAAUAGUUUGGCAAAGAUUGUUGACACGCAAACUCAAUUGAUAGAAUUACUUGCUAAAGGUAGUUUUAAACUACAUAAAUGGGCAGCUAAUGACCCUUCAAUAUUGGCAAAUAUUCCAGUAGAGCAGCAGGUUGUUGGAGAACUGGAACUGAAUAAGGACAUCAAAACUUUGGGUUUAAAGUUAGAUAUUGACUCGGAUUCUUUUAAACUUUCAUGUCCAGUGUCAAAAAAUGUCCCUAAGACAAAAAGACAGAUUUUAAGUUACAUAAGCCAGUUCUACGACCCUUUAGGUCUAGCUGGACCCGUCUUUGUCCAAGCCAAAAUCAUCAUGCAAAAAUUGGCUCAAUCUUGUACCGACUGGGACUCGGUGCCCACGCCUAUUUUACUAAAAGAAUGGCUUGAAUUUUACAAUGAUUUGCAGACAAUGAAAGAAAUUAAAAUAAAACGAAAUGUUACUGUUGAUGACAUUCAGUCUGCUCAGCUAGUAGCAUUUGACCUCAAUCCUUCUGACUGUUUGAGUCGAGGUGUAAAACCUAGCGAGCUACAAGGUAACCAACUGUGGUGGUGCGGGCCGACUAGCAUGUCUGAUCCAGAGUAUAAGUUUACCGAUGUUAGUAAUGAUAAUGUACCUGACAACUUACCGGAGAUCAAGCAUGCUGAUAGUUCCAAGCCGACUAAAAGGUGUAACAGCAAAACAGCUGAUGGGUUCAUUGCCCGCUGGUAG